AUGCACUCGACCUACAUCAAGGAGCCGCUGAAGUCGUCUGGCACCCUGGAUGGUGUCAAGAUGAGGCAUGUCACGCCCCUGUUGGGAACUGAGAUCCUGGGCGAAAACCUCAAGGAGUGGAUCACCGGGCCAGACUCCGAUGCCAAACUCCGGGAUCUAGCCAUCUUCAUUAGUCAGCGCGGCGUUGUAGCAUUCCGUGCCCAAACGGACAUGGACCCAGAGCUGCAGAAGCAGCUGGCCCGCCGCCUGGGCCUGCUCUCGGGCAAACCCGCCGAGUGCGAUCUGUGGAAGCACCCGAUGUCGCUGGCGCGCGGCGACGACCCGGACUGCGCCAAGCUGGACGCCAAGGUGCAGCAGUCGACGCACUGGACGUUCGAGGAGGGCAUGCCGCGGCAGACGGCGGCCGACGAGUGGCACGUCGACGCGUGCUUCGAGACGAACCCGCCCGACUACACGACGCUGCGCAUGACGUCCAUCCCGCCCACCGGCGGCGACACCAUGUUCGCCUCCAGCUACGAGCUGUACGACCGGCUGUCGCCCCCGUUCCAGAAGAUGUUCGAGGGGCUCAAGAUCCACUACCACAGCGCCAGCCUGUCCAAGGCCGUCAAGGCCUCGGGCAAGCCGUAUCCACACCCCCGCGGCGCGCCCGGCAAUGUGGGGUAUGAGUUUGAGAACUCGCAUCCUCUUGUGCGCACGAACCCCGUUACCGGCUGGAAGGCGCUAUACUCGGGCGUGCUUUUCGCUGAGCGCAUUGAAGGCGUAACCGAGAUUGAGAGCAAGCAGCUUCUCGAGAAGAUCCAGCGUCUGAUCACGGAGAACCACGAUCUCCAGAUACGUGUCCGAUGGGAGAACCCUGGAGAUAUUGUGAUAUGGGACAACCGAUCUGUCCUGCACGCAGCCACUCAAGACCACCACGGUCAAGGGGAUCGCAUUGGCUGGCGUGCAACUUCGAUCGGCGAGAAGCCAUAUUUCGAUCCGGCAAGCGUGUCCCGCAAACAGGCGCUGGCUGCAGCUAAGUGA